UAACCACUUAUGGAUGCGUUUCCGUUGCCGUGUUACACUCUCUGUGUAGACCAUUUUCUCUCUUCGUUUCGAUCCGUCUUUCUUUUCCACGUGGUCCUGAAACCCGCAAGAUGUUUACAGCGAACGCGAAGAUCAUUAAGAGCACCGGGGCUGAGCCCGACCAAUUCGAAUUGAGCAUCUCCAAUGCCCUUUUGGAUUUGGAAAUGAACAGCGACUUGAAGUCGCAAUUAAGGGAGUUGUAUAUUACCAAGGCGAGAGAAAUGGAGACAAAUAAUAAGAAGUCGAUUAUUAUAUAUGUUCCGAUGCCAAAAUUGAAGGCCUUCCAAAAGAUCCAAACAAGGCUGGUGCGUGAAUUAGAGAAGAAGUUUUCUGGCAAACAUGUAAUGUUUGUUGGUGAACGUAAAAUCUUGCCUAAGCCAACGAGGAAAACCCGUACUAAGAACAAGCAGAAGCGUCCUAGAAGCCGAACAUUGACUGCGGUCUACGAUGCUUUGUUGGAGGAUUUGGUGUAUCCUGUAGAGAUUGUUGGCAAGCGUACCAGAGUUAGGCUUGAUGGUUCUCAGGUUAUCAAAGUUCAUCUAGACAGAAAUGAACAGACGAACAUUGAACAUAAGGUCGAUACCUUUGCUUCAGUAUACAAGCAACUGACCGGACGGGAUGUCACCUUUGAGUUUCCCGAAUCUUAUGUAUAAUUUAUUAAAAAAUAAAGUUUGAAGUCUUUCGACUGAAAUUUUUAAAGA